AUGUCGGAGCAGAAUGAAGGUCCCAACGUCGACGACCUGACCCCGGAAGAGGCCAGCCGCAUCAUUCACUCUCAUCGCAAAGUACGAUAUGGAACCGCAUGUUGGCCAUGUCGCCAGCGCAAGGUCAAGUGUGACAACAAGCAGCCAUGCGAGAACUGUGUCAAGAGGGAACAUCCCCAGCUGUGCUCCUACAAGCCGAACCGGUCGGCCAAGUCCAGCGCCUCUGAUGGGACGGCACACGUCAACAAGAAGAGGGCCCUGUCCACCGAAGACCAAGACCAUGGCUCCCGCGAGAUGAGCAGCGACAUCAAGUCUGAUCCUGCCAUGCGCCCUUUUGUUGACUCCGAAUCAGCUGAGGUUACGAGAUAUCUCGGCCAAAACAGCAUUCCUGCCCUGCUGAGGGAACAAUCCUCCCCCAACGACCGGCCAGAGGGGGUCGACCACAUCCGCCAGGACAUGCGGUCUAUUCUGGGAUUGGACAACUCCGCCCCGUUCCCCCUCAUGUCAUCCAGGCAUCUGGAGAAACUGACUGCCGACAUCUCGGCAGAGCUACCGUCGGACAGGGAGGUCUACAAGCUGUUCCGCACCUACAAGGAAAUCCCUCAGGUCUUCUGGGGCUUCGUCAUCGAUAUUGACGAUCUGGAGUCGAAACUCAUGGACUAUCUGGAGGAAAGGGCCAAGAACGCAAGGAGCGCCACCAAGGCGCCCAGAAAACCAGUUUCGGCUUCGUGGCUCGCCAUCCUCUUCGCGGUGCUCGCCGUGGGCUCUCAGUACCACGACUCGCCCUAUCAUAUCCGAACCAGCAGCUCGCAAAAAUACCUUCAAAUCUCUAUGCACUUCCUUCGGCUUGGCAACUUCCUCCUGAGGCCCAAUUUCGAUUCGAUACAGGCCUUGCUUCUUGUUUCGUUUAGUCUUCUUAACGAUAUGAAGGCCGAAGGAUCUUGGGCCCUGCUCGGUCUCACCUGUCGGCUUGCCCUGUCGCUUGGCCUUCACCGCGUGAACACACACCCUCCGACGGACCCGGAGGGGCAAAGGAAAGAACUAAUCAGGAGGAAGUUAUGGUGGUGCUGUCUGUGGCACGACACCCUAACGUCGUUAUCCUUUGAUCGCGCACCCAUGACGAACAUCCCGUGCUGCCCGAUCCCACUGUCUCCCAAGGCCGAGACCGGUGGCCUCACCUACCUCGAGGCUAUGUACCAUCUCUGCGAACACAUCAACCGACGUCUCAACCCAGACGCGCUCGCAGAGGCGACCUACGUGCAGAUCCUUGACAACUGCGAGGCUAUUGAGAAGCUGCGCGAUCGCGUCAUCCCUCAGAUCCGCCACAAGGAGGCCUGCAAGUCAGCUGUCGAUCGCCUUCAACACUUUGCCAUCCGCCUUCAUACGAGCUUCGUCGCCUCGGUGUGCUGCCGGCCGGCGCUCAAGCGGGGCGCGGCGAGCAACCUCAGCUCGUCCGAGAGUAAGGUCCUCGCCAGCAAGUGCAAGGAGAACCUCACCGAGACGGUACGUAUGUUCCUCGCCAUGCACCAGCUGUCGGUCAUUCCCACGCGGUCGUGGGCCUUUACGUACCAUGGCCUCUCCUCGGCUGUCCUCCUCGGCCUCCUCCCGGAGACCAAGACAGACCCCGAGAUUCGUCAGCUCCAGGGCGAUCUCAUCUCGGCCCUGUCGGCCACGGCUGCCAAGGACCAAACCUCGCCCAUGCCGCACAUCCACAAGACAGACAAGGACAUUGAACUGUCCGGCCCGCUGUCACGAGCCCUCGUGGCUCUGAAAAACAUAUACGACCACGGGCAUGUGAUGGGUUCUGCGCUCAGGCGCGACAAUGGAACCCGCUCUGGAACCCGCACGCCUCUGGCUAUCAACCAACUUACCAACCCUCCCGUUGGUCUUGCCGAAGGCACGGAUCCGAGUCUACUUGCUCCCUAUCCGCAGCAGGGGGCUGGUUCCACUGGCGCACAAGGCCUGGAUCCCCAUCAGGAUGCUGCACUCGCUAUGGCGGAGCUGCAGAACGGAAGCGCAAUAAGCGACUUGGCUAGCACCGCCAGCUUGCCCUUUGGGCCGACUACACAACAGCCACUGGGAAUGCCAGACCUGGGUGCGCUCGACCCGAACGCGUAUAUCGAGCCCAUGGAACUUUACGAUUCUAUCUUCUGGGGUGAGUCCACCUUUGCGCAUCUCUCUGCUCGUGGGAGGGAUCGCCAUGAGGCUUACAUGUGUGGCUUGAUGACAGAGUCCCCGGACCCUUGGAAUUCUGGUCUGGACUCGAUGAGCUUCGACUUUCUCGCGCAACCGCCACCGGGCCAGCCACCACAGCAGCAGUUUUAUUUCUGA